AUGACAACAACCUCAAUGCAGACAAAUACUGAGGAGGUCUUGCCACCACAAACUAGAUUCCUGCCAGAUGAAACUAAACCAGAAGAUGCAUCCCAGGAACAUGCCCAGCAGUCUUCAACUGCUACUGGCAACAUCUACGUUGAAGCUUUUAGGCAGAAUAAUACAGCCUUAUUAUUUCUUUAUCAGGUGUUCUUUGAUGUAAAGAUUGGAGACAAAGAUGUUGGCAGAAUUGUAAUUGGAUUGUUUGGAAAAGUUGUCCCAAAGACUGUGAAGAACUUCAUUGCAUUGGCAACUGGAGAAAGAGGAUAUGGAUACAAAGGAAGUAAAUUUCAUCGUGUGAUCAAAGACUUCAUGAUUCAAGGAGGAGACUUUACAGCUGGAGAUGGAUCAGGAGGAAGAAGCAUCUAUGGAGAAAGGUUUCCAGAUGAGAACUUCAAGCUCAAGCACUAUGGAAUUGGGUGGGUUAGCAUGGCUAAUUCUGGCCCAGACACCAAUGGAUCCCAGUUCUUCAUUAGUGUAACAAAGCCUUCCUGGUUAGAUGGAAAACAUGUAGUCUUUGGCAAAGUCCUUGAUGGAAUGUCUGUGGUGCAUUCGAUAGAACUCCAGCAGACAGAUGAACAUGACCGGCCCCUUCAAGACUGUGUGAUUUUGAACAGUGGCAAAAUAGCUGUAAAAGAACCAUUUGUAGUUGAAUGUUUCAGAACUCCAGAUCGAAGAGCUGAUGCCAAGAUCUGAUGAAAGAUUCAUCUACCUGCACACCAGGCAGGACACCAAUUACCUUUGUAGUCACUAGUUCCCUGAAGGUGUCCUGGAGCCCACAUGAGUUAUCCAGACUUCGAGUGGUGCAGUGGAAGAGUGAGUACUAUAGCAUAGAGCUUUUAGGUACCUACUGGCACCUCCCUCACAAGGAAACAGGAAAAUGCUGUGGGCUGCGAUUUAUCUCGGGUCCUCCUGACACAUCAUUUGUAGUUACAGGGGGUCAGUCUGCUGGUUCACUGUCCAUAGCCCUGGGGGAGGUUAAAUACUGACACUUUUUUCAGAGACCUGUGAAAGUAUUACUGUCCUCUUUAAGAGCUAGAGAAGAACUUACUGAGGGCCUCUAAAUUUGCCUUGUACUAGGCAAUCAGGCUUCCCUUUUACCCCAUUCAUUUUUCUUUUUACUAAUUGUUUGAAGUAAAAUUCUCUGAAAAGCAGUACUGGGAAGCAGUGUUAGGAAGUAGGAGUGAGAAUGCCUCAGACUCCCUCGCCCAAAUAGUUUUCUGCUAGUAGCUGAAAGCUUUCCUAAAGGUUGAUCCCACAGACAGUGUAGAGAGUUCUGCUACCUCAAAAAGUGCUGUAGUCCCAGGCCUACCUUUUGUACAAGUCCCAGCUUUUCACUAUCCCCAAGCAGCUUUAGUAGUUAGCAGGAGGCAACCCAUGUGUCUCCAGGAUCAGAUUGGUGUUUGUAUCUAGCUUUGCCGUUAAUGCUUUUGUGCAACGUUCCUUUCCUCUGAUGAGCCUAAUAACUUACCGGCUGUUCAAUCACACUGAAUUUUUUCCCCCCAAGACUUACACUCUCGUAAGCCUAGCAUGAUCAGCUAGUGUGGUGCUGAGAGUUUUAAAUAAGCAGACAGCCAGGUAUUUUCUCACACUUCAUGUAGACAUACCUGCGAGACCCAUCUCUGAUAACACAAGUUCAGAGAAAUGUCUUGUUUGAAUAGAAAUGCACAAAAAAUACACUAAAGCAGUAUAUUCAUGUUCUAGUAAUUUAUUUUGUAAUGUCCAGUAGUGCACACAAAUUGCCAGUUAAAUCUGAAUAAGUAUGUAUAUAUAUGUAUCAGUUUUAUUAUUUUACUGCUUAAUCAUAUUCUUGCUUUACCUUGCCACAGAGUUGUAUGCUCUGUGAUUUACAUUGAUACAGAAUACAAUCUGCAAGUUGAUGUGAAGAGUAACCAUACACACAAGAUUAGAUAUCAUAACUGAAGUUAGAUGCAUAAAUGCCAUGUAAAAUCUCCUGAUAGAUAAAAUCUUUUCAACUGAAAUCUAGAAAAUUUAAAAUUUCCUGAGAGCGAGCGAUGUAUUUCAGAAUGUGGAAGCAUGUUUUCCAAUAGAAACUCCAUAUGCCUACAUUGUCUCUUUUCCAACCUGAUAUUAAGGAGCAGAUUCAAAAUAAUUUAUCAAAAAUGAAUAAAAUACUUUUAAGUUGUUCUCAAUGUCUGCUUUUUUUUUUUUUUUUUUUUUUUUUCAGCACUUUUAAUCCAUCCACUGCCAGCAAUGGGUUAUGUGCUGGGAAAAAUCCUGGUGCAAAAAGGUUUAGUGUAAUUUAUGAUAGAAAUUGUA